AUGGCUACAUUGAAGGUGACCGUCCAUGAAGCGCGUGACCUCCCGAUCAUGGAUCGGGCAACCGGGCUGGCCGACCCCUACGUCGUCGUGAAGUUCGACGACAUGGAGCACACCACCGACAUUGCGCAUCUCACCCGAAACCCGGCCUGGGAGCACGACGUGCGCUUCGAUACAGCAGACCUGCUCGUGCUGCAGGAGGACCCGCUAGAGAUCCGCGUGUACGACCACGACAUCAUCAGCCGCGACGACAUUGUCGGCAUGGUGCUGCUGGACUGCAACAGCAUCAUCUACCGCGCCAAUCCAGUCAUGUCAGGGUGGUUCCCGCUCCUCGACUCUGGCGCCGGCCUACACGGCGAUAUUCGCCUUACCAUCCGCAUUAAGUUCCAUGCCGCCGAAAACCCGCUGGCGCCGGCGCUACCAGAGCGCUACGUGCGCCGGCUUGACCCCCGCGUCGCCGAGCGCUCGCCGUCACUGGCGGCCACCGCACAAGGUGGCAACGGCAGUCACGCCCAACACGCGAGCAGCAACCCCCGCACGAAUGAGACCAGCGUGAGCUUCACAAUGGCUCCUUCGGCGUCUUGCCUCAACGCAGCGACAACGGCGCAGAGCAGCGCUGAGCAGAACCCAACGGCCUCCUUCAAUGAUCCCUGCAAAGCCUUUGCCAACAGCGUCAACGUAAACAACAACAACGAGAGCGUCGGCCUUUCGACUUCCAGCGCUGGCCACCACCACUACCAGCACCGAUCGUCGUUACGGAUGUCCACACGCGCGCGGAACUCGUCUAAGGCGCAGCUGCACGUCUCCUCCCACUGCGGCAGCACGCCUGACACGGUCGCAGACCUACCAUCCCUCACCGGCGCAAGCCUCAACUUAGCGAACAACAGCAUCAGCGCCACCACCAUGAACAGCUCCGCCAAGCCGGUGAUCAGCCCCAGCGCAAACUUGUCUCGCUACGAUCUGUCCGACCUGCUUGUCAGGCCAUCCGGCUCCAUCACAACACAGAUGGCAGCAGUGGUAGAGAGUCCUGCGACGGCUGCGAUGCCGCUGCCUCUUCCCUCACCGGCGCUGCUUCCCUUCCUGGUGGAGCAGGACCUGGACCCGCUGCGGGCGGCCCGGGUAGAUCACCCGACGCUGGCAGCGGAAGAAGAGGGUAUAUUCGUGUUUAGCGUCUGGCGACUUGAUCCGGCGGUGUUUCGCGUGGAGUCGACGCACAGCAUGAUGGAGGAGCUCAUCGUCAAGGCCGACCCCGAGCACGUGCGUUUCACAAACCUGCGCAGCAGCCGCAGCAUCAACGACGCCCGUGUUAUUCAGCUCUUCAAGCUCAGCGGCAAGGUGCGCCGGCAACUAGCGCGCAAGGUGGUCGAGCUGCAGUGCAACGCGGUACUUGGCUACGUGGAGGAGUUCGACAUGGAGCCGAACGGAAUUAUCGUUCGAGCGUACGGCACGCCGUGUGUGGUGUCGCACGUGAAGUACGUGGACCAGCGCGAGAUGGAGGCGUUUCUGCGCGGCAAGACGCGCUACAUCCAGUCCAACAUUAUGGCAGCAUAUCAGGCGGAGUUCCCCAAUGCGUCGAUCACUACAGCGCCACCGCAGUCGCAGAGCCCCAUACUGCCGCCGUACGGCGUGUCGCCAAUCCCGAGCAACGGAGGAGGCGGCGGGAACGCCGGCGGCGCCUCCACCCCGGUUACCCCAUCGGGGACGACUCACUCAGCGAACUCCGUCGCACUGGGCAACAAGAUGCCGCCUCUGCUGCCGCUUCCGCCAACGACCACCCCCUCCUCCGUUCUCACGACCGCGCACGAUUAUGUGCUGCCUCCUCCCAUCUCGGCCUGCGCCUCACAGUUCGGCACUACGUCACAGCAGCUGCAGUCUGACCAGCUCGUGGUCGCGGUGUCAGGGACAAGUACACCGCUCUCGAGCAUAGAGGCGGCUGCAUCGACAACAGUCCAGUCGCCGGGAGCAGCACAAGAAACGUACGAGAGCGCCACGGAGACAGGCGACAGCGUCGGUGACUCAGCAGUGCCGCCGCUGUCACUCGAGAAUGGGUGUGGUGUGGCGGAGUCCAGCGCAGCUACGCCGGUUUCCACUCUAGUUGGCGCGCAGAGUGCCAACUCCACAACGCACCACUACUCACCGGCGGCCUCCACCCUCGCCAAGAGUCCUCUGUGCUUCUCCCUGCCCUACAGCCGCAGCUUCUUGGCGCACUCUAUGGACGCCGCUACACUCAUGUCCGCUGAAGCGCUCGCGCCGCCGCCAUCGCAGCAGCAGCAGCAGCAGCAGCAGCAGUCGUCCCAUGCGAACCUGAUGAUGCGAAGCGGCCCAACCGACACCACGACGACGACUGCCGCAGCCAGCCUGGUUCCCGCACCAGCGCUAACUGCGCCACCGACCGCGAAAGCUGUUGUCGCUGCGGGCAACACCGCGGCUGGUGGCGGCUCGCCAACGCGGGUCACGAUAUCGAUACUCACCGUCAAGGACCUUCCGGCCGGCUCCAUUCACCACAUCGGCGGCUACAUCUGCGCCCGCUCGGUGAAGAUUGUCUCGCGUGUCAAGUCACGGCAAAUAAUCUCGCAGGAGCGCGAUGCGUGGUGGAUGGAGCUGCGCGAGGAACUGCGCGCCAACGCCCGGGCAUUUCACUGCAACACCGUGCUAGGCUACGAAGAGGAGACGCAAUAUCACGAAGACGUCGUUCUGCUUUCCUUGUAUGGUACGGCGGUCAUGCUCGACAUGUCCGCCGCAUCACUGCGCGCUGGCCCCGAGCACCUGUUUUGCUGGCAGAAGCAGCGUGUGGCGUCUAAGCGCAAUUGUACUCUUCUGCACCUCUAUGAAGGAUCGCGUCGGAAGGGCGGCCUGGGCUUCCUCGCCGGCGAAGUCAGCGAUCUCCUCAUGCACCACGUCUGUAGCAUCUGCCACAACAAGCCCGUUCCGGACGUGCUGCUAGCUGCGUGCACGCUGCCCGUCGAGCUGAACUGCGAGGCACCACCGCGGCUAGUGCAGGUGGCCGUGUCGAAGCCAAAGCCAAACGUGAAGGGGGUCGAGCUCGCCAUGGCAGUGUCGCAGGCACUUCCCUUCAUUGAGUUUGCCCUGCACAAGCAGCUCCUCUUUAACCUACGCCUACAGCAGCUGAACGCGUGCUUCUCUCUCCGAGUCUCCAUCGUUGUCGGGCACGACGCCAUUGUCGGCAUGCUGACAGGAUCAGGCUGUCGCUUGGCAGGCCUGCCCGUGCCGCGGCUGCCUCGUAUGACCGUGGUGGACCCGCAAAUUGCGCACAAGGAAAGUGUGGUGAGGCUUCGCGACGUGAUCGCCUCACGCCGGCGCCGCCGCAACAACGCACAUAUCAGUAGCAGCAGUCGGAGCACCUCUUCAACCUCGUCUUCCUCGUCCUCCAGCAACCGCUCUUCGAGGUCCGCCGCUGCGGUGCAGUCGUCUGCGAUGCCAGGCGUCAACGGGAAUGGGCCGUCGCCAGCGGUGUCAGCAACGAGACGACGAGGUGAUGGGUCUAGAGACGAUGCUCGUGGCGUCGACUCGGCUGGCACGAAGGCGCCCAACGCCGCCCUCACCGCUUGCUUUUUCACCACAUCGUCAUCCUCACGUACCGGCUCCUCUUCCUCCGCAUUCAAGCGGCGUAAGCGGCAUCGCCGUCGACGUCGGCGCCAUCGCAGUCGUGGCAACCGCGGAUCGUCACCGACGUCGCAUGGCUUCUCGAAGUCCUCCUCGGUGACAGACGCGCUGCUGUCGCCGGCGUCGGGAAAUGAGUCGCUGCGCAGCGGCCAGAGCAGCAACACCGCAGUCGCACCGGCUCAGAAACGGCGCCGACACCGUCGCACGCGGCAGGCGAGCACGAGGGCCGCCGCUGUCGCUGUCGCAGCAGCAGCAGCAGCAGCAGCAGCAACCGGCGCUAGAGGGGUAGUGGGCGCCACCUCUGGCUCUCAGUCACGAGGGCCCACGUCGUCGAAGUCACACUCGUCCUCCUCCUCUGCAGUGAUGUUAUCGUCGCGAUCGUACAGCUCCUCCCGCUCCUCGUCCAGCAGCAGUUUCAGUACGUCAUCCUCUAACACGUCUCUGCAUUCGUGGGUGCUGACGGAGUCGAGUGAGACGGACGAGGACGUCUACGCACCCGCCGAUGAAUGGCGCACAACCAGCGGCGGCGUCCGCACAAAGGCGCGCGACUAUGUGGUCAAGAUCGACGAUGUCGAGGAGGCGGACAUGAUGUUGGGCAUGGUGGACGCUACAAACUUCGAGGAUGGGGUGCUGCUCACGCUGCCGUACGUGCCGGACAGCGCGAACGCCUUCGACUUGCAGGAACGCAUCGUGCUGUAUCGGCGCUACUCGCGUGCGUCAACCUUUCCGUUUGCCGUUGGCGGUGGCGCUGGGGCAGCCGUGCUGACAGGCAGUGGGAAUAGGGCCGCCAGUCCUGGCUCCCGUGCCACCACUGGGGAAAGCAGUGUUCUUGGAGCCAACGUGAUGGGCGGCAGAAGUGCUUACCAAAGCUACAGUGGCCCCGUACCCAGGACAGCCGGUGGAGGAGACGGCAUGAACGCCGGUGGUGGGACAGCCGCAGCAGGUCGCAUGGCACUCACCACGCGGCUUCUUAAUGAGUACUGCGCGGACGCCAAGCGCGCCUUUGUGCAUAGGGCCUGUCGUAUGGCGAUGCGCAGCGGGCAGCCGCUGUGGCUGCGUGUUGUGAACCUGCGAGUGGAGAUGAUGUUCGUGCCGAAUAGCGCUGAACUGCAGCUGCGACUCGAGGGCUGUCUAAUGGUGGUCAGUAGUGCUGGCGCGAGGCAUCAGCUUCUCCAGCUCGAAGAUCGCGCCUUUCGCGUGUGCAUGCAUUACGCGAUGGAGUCGCUGUCGGGUCUACGGCAGUACCAGCAGCAGCAGCAGCAGCAGCAUCCAAGUCAGGCAAGUCAGAGCAACCACGGCGGCGGCUCCGCCGCGGGACAGCGGGCCACUUCUGGCAACCCCUCACCCUACCUGCGGUGGACACCUCAUACGCCCCUGCUUUCUCCUCUGGUGACGGACGUCGCCAGUAACAACCUCGUCACUACCUCGUCGGGCGGGCACGCAGCAGCUGCUGCAGCACGGCAGACGCCGUCGUCGCAGAACCCGUCCAUGCCGCAGCCACUGGCAGCCUAUGCGACUGCGUGCGCAGCGCACAACCACAAGGUUCAUGCGGCGAGUUUGAUGAGCGACAUGUUAGCGAUGAGUUCCGUGCUAGCGACGGUUGGCUCUGGACCGGCGUACCUCGACGCGCGGCGACUGUUCAUCGCCAGUAACGCGCCUUUCUCCAUGCCGUAUGUGCAGGACAUCACCCUGCCACCGCCGCGCGUGUGGAGUGGCGUCGCCACCGCCGUCUCGGAGGACACCGCCGCCCCAGUGCGGCAUAUCUCGACCUACGCCGAGUACCGAGAUAGUCGCGGCUCGCGUGCAAACUCGCUGUCGCGGCGCUGGAACACCUUUGUCCGCGCAGCCAGACAGUCCAUCAAGAGCCUCGUCGGCCGUGCCACUGGCGGUGGCACGGGAGAUCGGCGAAAGCGGCAGCAGAAGCGACAGUGGCUGUCCUCGCCCUUUGUGUUGAAUCCCUCGGCUAGGGCAGCUGAGGAGAAUGGCAAGUCACUCAUGCUAAUGGGUGGCACCGCUGGCGACUCAUCCUCCAUGGCUGGGGCUGCACGCGACGCCAACUACGGCAACCCCGCAGCGCGCCUACCGAAGGAUGUAUCGCAGCUGCAGAUUCUCAUCCCUGUGGUGCACUUCACCCCGCUCGACUACAUUGCCGGCCGCUCCAUCGUGCGCUACCUCGGCCGCCUCUCACAGCACUUCAUCCGCGAAGACUAUGAAACCGAUACCGGCGACGGCCUCAACAUGUUUUUUCAGCGUGCCGAGACAGAGAUUGUGUGCACCGUGCAGGCCCUUGUGCGGCUGAUGGGUGGCAACGCGCUACUGAAGCACCGCAUCGUGUACCACGAGAUCUGCGACUCGGACGGCUCUGGCAGGGCCUUCCUGUUCGCCACCGUCACGGGGGAUGUGGUGCAGGUGAGUGACACCGCCUAUUGGGGAAGGCACGCGCAGCAGAAGGGCGGAAGCUCGCGAAAGAACGGGAAGGACAUCACCACAGUCGACUUCUCCGAUGACGGUGAUAGCGGCGGCGCCGGCAGUCGGAAGGAAUGA